AGAAAUCAUUAGCAAUGCAAAGUCAUGGUGCUCUGAUACUCUUGUUCACAGUCACAGAUUGAAAAAAAUCUGCUAAUGUCAACGUAAAUGUUUCUGGAUGUGCUUUAUUCCAAACUAUAGCUGAAGACCCGGAACUAAAGAUGAACUGGGCAUCAUUUUAUGCUGUCAUCAGCGGUGUGAACAGACACUCCACAGGCAUCGGUCGCAUCUGGCUUUCUGUCCUGUUCAUUUUCCGUAUCCUGGUUCUGGUGGUUGCAGCAGAGAGCGUUUGGGGUGACGAGAAGUCCGGUUUCACCUGCAACACCCAGCAGCCGGGUUGCAACAGUGUCUGCUAUGACCACUUCUUCCCCAUCUCCCACAUCCGCCUCUGGGCACUCCAGCUCAUCCUGGUCUCCACUCCUGCCCUUCUGGUUGCCAUGCAUGUGGCCCACCGCCGUCACGUCGACAAGAGGCUCUACAAACUAUCAGGGCGGACCAACCCCAAAGACCUGGAGCAGAUAAAGACCCAGAAGAUGAAAAUCACAGGGGCUCUCUGGUGGACGUACGUCAUCAGCCUGUUGUUCCGUAUUGUCUUUGAGGUCACCUUUAUGUAUUUGUUUUACAUGAUCUACCCUGGUUACAAGAUGAUCCGGCUGGUAAAGUGUGACUCGUACCCCUGUCCCAACACAGUGGACUGCUUCGUGUCGAGGCCCACAGAGAAGACUGUCUUCACCGUGUUCAUGUUGGCUGCGUCAGGGGUCUGUAUUCUGCUCAAUAUCGCAGAGGUGGUCUUCUUGGUGGGGAAGGCCUGCAGUAAGCAUUUAAACAAUGCUGGAGACUCGACUAUGGGGGCUUGGAUCCAGCAAAAGCUUUGCUCGUACUAACCAAACUCAUACCUGCACAAAGGGACAUAUGUAAGUGACCUUAGAUCCAGGUAACAUCCAUUAAUUUAACUUUAAGGUGCAUAUAAUAUAUUGUACACCGAAGUUUGGCAUGGUGAUGAGUAUGAUCUCAGUGACAAAACAUUUGUUGCCAACAUGGGGAAAAAAUUAGUGUACAGACUACACGUUCACACCAGCGUGUUCUCACCAGACUUAAAAUAAUGACCAAAGACUACAGCAGCACUUUGUACUGACAUAAUAUAACAGCUUGAUGUUAGGCCAAAUAAAGAUCAGUGAAGUAACGCUAUGAAGCAAUAUUCAAACUGACCCCCUUAUAAAUCAUUUAAUGUGACGUAUUGUCACAUGCUUUUUAAAAUCGUCAGAUACUGUCAGUAAAGUGUGCCAGAAAUACAAUGUAGUAAUAUUUGGGCCACUUUAAGUUAUAAUAUUUAAUCAUUUACAUUAAAAAUGUCAUGUUUUUGCUUGAAUCACCAUAAAGUGAAUCUAAUGGACUGGAGAAUUUACAGCGUUUUUUACAGCUGUUAUUACUGAGUUGUUACUAAUACAUGGAAAAUAUGUUGCAUUUCAUAAAUGUUAUAUGAUACUGUAUUUGUUUAAUAUAGAUUAUUUAAUUUGGCAGUUAAAUGGUUCAUUCAGUUAUAAACAAAGCAAUAAUUAACAGAAAAAAAACUUGAAUUUUUGAACUUUUUUUUUUCCUGAAGUUGACUACUGAUUGCUAAACGUGUUAUUUAAAUGUAUUCAUUUUGAGGCUGGAUGUUUAUAUAUUGUCAGUACA